GCUUCGCCAGGUUCACGAGGAAGUCGAAGUCAAGUGGCGCGGGUCGGCGCCGGGCUUCGAGUGGGGAUACUCCGCUGUUAGGAUGAGUCGCAACGCGGGGCUCGCUGGCUGGAAGCGGGUGCGCGCGCUUCGCGUCUUGUUGCCCCAAGGGUCCCUCGCGGGUAUCAAGAGAUCUUUUUCGACAUCUGAAGUAAUACCUCGGGUAUGUAUUGUAGGAAGUGGGCCUGCUGGAUUCUACACAGCACAGCAUCUCCUCAAGCACCACAAACUGGUUCGGGUGGAUAUUUAUGAGAAGCUGCCAGUUCCCUUUGGCCUGGUUCGUUUUGGAGUCGCUCCGGACCAUCCAGAAGUCAAGAAUGUGAUCAACACAUUUACUCAGACGGCCUGCUUGGAUCGCUGUGCCUAUUUUGGGAAUGUGACCGUGGGAAAGGACAUAACUGUGGAAGAACUGCAGAAAGCCUACCAUGCAGUGGUCUUGAGCUAUGGAGCUGAGGACAGCCGGAAGCUUGGCAUUCCAGGAGAGGACCUUGGAGGAGUUUACACGGCCAGAGCCUUUGUGGGAUGGUACAACGGCCUUCCUGAGAACAAAGAUCUGAAACCAGACCUGAGCAGUGAGACCGCCGUGGUCCUAGGACACGGGAAUGUCGCUUUGGAUGUGGCACGGAUUCUCUUAUCGCCUCUUGAAAUUCUUCGGAAAACAGAUAUCACCGAAGACGCGCUUGUGGCCUUGGCUCGCAGCAAAGUGAAGCGGGUGUGCCUUAUAGGGAGGAGGGGUCCUCUCCAGGUGGCCUUCACCAUCAAGGAACUGCGGGAAAUGAUCAACCUGCCAAGUGCUAGACCUGUUCUGAGUCCUGCAGACUUCAAGGGCCUUGAAGAGGCAAUCAAAGAUGUUCCCAGACCUAGGAAACGGCUGACUGAGCUGAUGGCUAAAACAGCUUUGGAAGAUCCUGGGGAGGAAGUGGCAGGCCGUUGGGCAUCGGCCUCCCGAGAGUGGAGCCUGAAGUUCUUGCGCAGCCCACUGGAGGUGUUGCCUACUGCAGAUGGAACACAGGCACGAGCGAUCCGAAUGGCUGUCACCCGGUUGGAAGGUUCGAGGGACACCGCAAAGGCCGUUCCCACUGGAGAGAUUGAGGAGCUGAAGUGUGGACUGAUUCUCAGCAGCAUCGGUUACAGGAGCCUCCCAAUCGACCCCGCUGUGCCCUUUGACCCCAAGCAGGGCACCAUCCCCAACAACAUGGGCAGAGUGCUUGGGGCACCAGGGCUCUACUGUAGUGGCUGGGUAAAGAGGGGCCCCACUGGUGUAAUCAUCACUACAAUGAACGAUAGCUUUGAUACAGCCCAGUCUGUGCUGGAGGAUCUGCAGAUGGGUGCGUUGGACCUUUCAUUGGCCAAGGAAGGCUUUGACUCUGUGAGGAGCAUCCUUCAGUCCCGUGGGGUCCGACCGGUUUCUUUUUCGGAUUGGGAGAAGAUUGACGCUGCUGAAGUGGCAAGGGGUAAGCUGGCUGGGAAGCCUCGGGAGAAGAUAAUAGAUCCACGAGAAAUGCUGGAAUUGAUUGGCCACUAAAUGGAGAGUCACCCAUGUUCUCUGUCUAUAGAAGAUGGUGCUGCUCGUUUUCCUCAUUCUAUUAGACUCUGAAAAUGGAACAGGCAGACUUCUAUCAGAGAUGAUACACUAUUUCAGAGUUCUGAAUGAUAUAAAUUGCUAAAGCCAAUUUGUCAUUAUCAACAGUAGACUUUGGUUCCAGCUCAGAGCUUUGUGCACUUUUUUGGCAGCAGGUCUCUUGUGUUUGUCUAGAACUUCCUUUUGAGUCAAAUCCUGCUCCAACCAUCACCUGAACAUGCAGAGGCUCGCUUCCCUUUUUGCCAUACUCAUUGCUGAAAAGAGACCCUUUCCAUUAAAGUAUUCAAAACGGUUAAUUUUUGAGAGAUUAAGAGGAGGAUUUGGUGCCUUAAUUUAUUCCUGCAUACAUUUGUGGGAGUAUUCUCUUGAUUUAUAUCACCAGAUAAAAAAGGUUUAUACAAGCCAUUUGAGGAAGAUAGUGCUAGUGAUUAUUCCUCUAUACAGAUCUUGUGAAUAAUAAGACAAUCUCGAUCACUUUUUUAAAACCUCUUGCAUCAUUUUGACCUGAUCCAAAGUGAUACAACUCUCACAGUUGACUUUAUGGAGGACUCCGUUUUGUAACCUGCUUCCAACACCUGCUUGGACCUGUGAAUAAAACCAAGCUGUACAACACACAUGUGAGAGAAGAAUUAAACCUGGAUGGAAUAGACACGAAGACAAGUGUAUCAGUUACCUUUCCCCUUCACCCUGAAAGUCAAUUAUUCUUAUCCACCAAUUUUCCAACUUUGAUGUCAGAUUGCAGACUGUAUAAUCAUUUUAAAAUAAAACUCUUUUUCGAACAAAAUGUGAA